UUUGUCUCUAUGGCAACCAUUUUGUGUACAUCCACAUAAACCUGCUGGAAAAGUCAGAUUACAUUGAGUAUUUUUGCAUCCUAAAGAUUUCCUGUUUACUCCCUAAACAUCUAUACGACAGGGACUCAGAGACCAUCAACAUCUAAGGGCGGGAUGAAGAAAAGCAAGGCCCCCUCUUCCAGGAGAGCUGAAAUCCAGCAACUGUAUCAAUGCUACACCUCAGGCCAGACAACUUUGCCAGCCUGUGCCCUCCUCAGGUUCCUCCACAAGGAGCAGAUGGAGCUCACAGCAAAUGAGGAGACAGCAGAGAGUCUGAUUGAUAGAUAUGAGAUUGAAGAGACAGCCAGAGAAAACAGGUAUAUGACGUUUGAAGGAUUCCUCAGGUACAUGGAGUCCAAAGACUGCAACGUGUUCAACAUGGCCCACGCAUCUGUCUACCAAGACAUGGACCAGCCUCUCACCAGUUACUUCAUCUCCUCAUCACACAACACCUACCUGACUGGAGACCAGCUAGUAGGACAGAGCCACCUGGAUGCCUAUGUUUGUGCUCUUAGGAAAGGCUGUCGCUGUCUGGAGAUUGACUGCUGGGAUGGGCCAGACAUGGAGCCUGUAGUCUACCAUGGCUACACCCUGACCACCAAGAUACUCUUUAAGGACGUUAUCACCACUGUAGAGCAACAUGCCUUCGAGGUGUCUGCUUACCCCGUGAUCCUGUCAUUAGAAAACCAUUGCUCCCAAGAGCAGCAGGUGGUCAUGGCCCAGUACCUCAUCUCUAUCCUGGGGGACAAGCUGCUGAGAACUCCCUUGGAUCACCCAACAACUGGAGACCUCCCAAGCCCAAAUGACCUGAAAUAUAAGAUCCUCAUCAAGAAUAAAAAGCUAAAGCCUCAGAUUAAGAUGGACACAGCAGGGACAGAGGCAGAGGAGAGUGUAGAUGAGGGAGAGGAUGAAGAUGAUGAUGAUGAUGAGGAGGAGGAUCAUCAAAGCAAAGCAACGUUCUGGGCUUCCAGAAAGGCAGGGUCAAAGAUAAAAGUAAGUCUAUGAGAUUUAAGAACAUAGAGAUACAUAUAGAUAU